CGAACUCCGCCGAUUCAGAUUUCAUUGGCUAAUGUUGUCAAUCGUAAGAUGCUGAUUGUUCAAGUUUAGUGUCAGUCAGGCAACGGCAAACACUCCCACCUCUUUCUUCCUCCUUUCAUUUCACCUUUUAAUGCUACAGACUCCAGUAACUUUAAACCGGCAGUAAUAUUAUUGAAUUUGACGGGCCAGGACCGCAGUGCAUAGUUGUGUGCAUUGUAAAAACGAUGUGGCGAUUGAUGUAGCCUGAAAGAAAACUUUGGAUUCUAUGAAGCUUUUGAAGACGAAUUGAAAAUAAUCGAUCAAACAAGAAUCUGCUGAUAUUCCAUUUUGGAAGGAAGCUGUCAGGUUAUAUAAUAAAGGCAGCUGCAGUAGUGACAGGAACAGGCUGAAAAAGCUAUUUUUUUUUUAUCACAUCUCUUGGUUUAGUAAUAGUUUACUAUACAUAUUUGUGAUUUUAUUAAAUAGAUGCAGAUUUGCAUUUUGCUUUAUGCAUCUUAUGUGCUAACAUUUUCAGAAGAAUGGGGUGGGGAAUGGUGGUUUAACUUUAUUGCGUUAAUAAUAAUGGUUAGAAGGGUUUAUUGAGAAAAGCCACUGAAAAGAGAUACUAUCAGAAUAUCCAGACGGCUCAUAAAAUCAUUUAGAACGUGAUGCAAUCGCGAUUUUAUUUGUAAAAAAUUGAAUCACAGAGCUAUACAAAAAACGAGUUAAAUGUUUUCGUAGAAAUUUGUAUAAGAAUGUGGUAACUGGCAACUUUUGCUAUUCUAAGUCUACUAUAUAUUCAAUAUAGCAAUUUUAUGAAGCUGUUGAACAACAACUGCUAGGAGCAGUACUGACACUAAGGAAACAUAACAGGGUAUUUAUCUUAUAGAAGAUAUAGAAAAACUUGAAGUGUUGCCCUUAAGGUAAACUCUGUGUUUUAAGUAUGUCCUGUAAAGGGGUGAUGUGCUGACAUUGUUGCUGCUGCAGAGUUGUUAGUGUGCACAAACUAUGGAUACCAGUGCAGAGGAGAUUUUUGGGGAUGAAUUGGGUAGCACCAGUACCCUUGCGGUCUGUGAUGAAAUGGUCACAGCAAUGGCUGAAAGUAUCUAUUCAGAAUUGGAAAAACUGAUAGACUCCUAUGGGCACAGCGCUGUUACAGGCCUGAUGCCUUUAUUGGUAUCCGUACUAGAAAGCCUAGAGACCACAUGUGCUCAAGCAAAAGAGAGUGAAGAACAACUGGAGCUGGUACAUGAAGAUAAACAAAGACUUUUCAUCCAGUAUGAAAGGGAGCGUGAUGCUCGGAAACGUGCAGAGGAGGUAUUAAAAUGUCUAAUGUAG